UAACAGCUCUAAAGAUAUAUGGAUAACUUUCUUGCUUUAGAUAUAUGAAUAAAAGAAAAAAUUUACUAACAAUUUCAGAUCUCACAAUUUAUGACAUAAAAAAUAUAACUAAAUUGGCUAACAUAUAUCUUAACAAAGAAAGUGCUCAUGAUAAGAUCUUAAAGAAUAAAACAGUAGUUAACUUAUUUUUUGAAAAUUCAACACGCACACUUACAUCUUUUGAAAUAGCAGCGAAAAUUCUUGGAGCAAAUGUUGUAACAUUACCGAUUCAAUCCUCUUCCAUCAGUAAAGGGGAAGAUCUAAAAGAUAUGAUUAAAACAUUAAAUGCAAUGAAUUGUGAUUUCAUGAUAAUCAGACAUCAAAAAAGUGGUAUUAUUAACACUUUUAUGCACCAUGUUAAAAGCUCGUUAAUUAAUGCAGGCGAUGGAAGUAACGAACACCCCACUCAAGCACUGACAGAUUAUUUGGUAAUAAGUAACUACAAAAAGCAGAUAAAAAAUCUGAAAAUUGUUAUAUGUGGUGAUAUUCUGCACAGCAGAGUUGCGAGAUCAAAUAUAAGACUCCUAAAGAUGUUGGGAGCAACGGUAAAUUUGGUUGCCCCACCAACUUUAACCUGCAAGCAUUUUCCCGAAGUAGAUAAAGUAUACUAUUCAUUGAGCAAAGGUAUAAAAGAUGCUGAUGUCAUUAUGCUCUUAAGAUUACAGAAAGAACGCAUGAAUAACAGUUGUUUUACACCUUCAGAAAAGGAGUAUUUUUAUUUGUAUGGACUUGACUCGCAAAAGUUAUCAUACGCAAAGCCAGAUGUAAUUGUGAUGCAUCCAGGACCAAUAAACAGAGGAAUAGAAAUCGAUAAUAACGUAGCAGAUAACGUGAUUUUACAGCAAGUAGAAUUUGGGGUAGCAGUGCGCAAGGCAAUAUUGCAUUAUUACAAUUACCAAUAAGUUAUUAUAUACUUUAAUCCGUAGCUAUAAAAAAGAAUCAAAGUGCAUAUAGCAGUAAUGACUGGUGGUAAAACUAAAAAAAUUGGUGUUUUUCUUAUAAAGAAGUUCUGAGAAGGUUUAGAGAAAAAAG